AUGUCGGAGCCCUACGGCGAGUCAGGGGACAUCUUCAAGGUCUCCGUGUUUCUUGUGCUGUGCAACCGCCUCGUGGCCGUCUGCUUCGCCUGCGGGAUGAUCUUCGGCAAGGGGGAGGCGAUCAAGAACGCGGCGCCGCUCUGGAAGUACUGCGCCAUCUCGCUGUCCAACGUCGGCGCGACGUGGUGCCAGUAUGAGGCUCUCAAGUACGUGUCCUUUCCCGUGCAGAUGCUGGGCAAGAGCUUCAAGAUGAUGCCAGUCAUGAUCUGGGGCAUCCUCAUUUCGCAGAAGAGAUACGGCUGGAGCGACUGGGCCGUCGCCGCGGCCGUCACUGGCGGCGUUACCGAAUUCCUCAUGACUGGAAGCAUCAAGGCCAAGCACUCGACCGGAACCGGGGCGUACGGCCUGUUCCUGCUCUUGGUGUUCCUGGGCCUCGACGGGUUCACGUCCACCUUCCAGGAGAAGCUGUUCAAGCAGCACAGCACCACGAAGUACAACCAGAUGUUCUACGUCAACAGCUUCUCCUGCAUCGUGUCCUUCGUCACGCUGCUCGCCUCGCAGAAGGCCGGCGAGGCCCUCCGCUUCUGCAGCGCCCACCCGGCGAUCCUGACCGACGCCUUCACCCUGAGCGCCGCCGCCGUGGGUGGCCAGUGGUUCAUCUACUCCCAGGUGAAGGAGUUCGGGGCCCUGGUCUUCGCGGCCACCAUGAACCUCCGGCAGGUGAUCUCCAUCCUGGUGUCGUACGCCACGUACCACCACACCCUCCAGGGCCCCCAGGCCAUCGGGCUCCUGCUCGUCUUCGGCGGCCUCUUCUACAAGAGCUACCUGGGGCUCUCGGCGGCGCCGGAGAGGAAGGAGGCGAAGGGCGAGACGGACCCGCUGCUCUCGGGGAACAGGCAGGACGUCGAGGCGCCCUCGAGCGCCAAGGCGUGA